AUGGAAGCGUUUGGUGGGUUUCACAAGGAAGAUGAUGAGCAGAUGGUUUUGCCUCCUGGGUUUAGGUUUCAUCCAACAGACGAAGAACUCAUAACCCACUAUCUUCACAAUAAGGUUCUCAACAUUGAUUUUUCAGCUAAAGCUAUUGGUGAGGUGGAUUUGAACAAAGCUGAGCCAUGGGAGUUGCCAUAUAAAGCAAAAAUGGGUGAGAAAGAAUGGUACUUCUUCUGUGUGAGGGAUAGAAAGUAUCCAACCGGUUUGAGGACUAACCGGGCAACUCAAGCCGGUUACUGGAAGGCAACAGGGAAGGAUAAGGAGAUUUUCAGAGGCAAAUCACUAGUUGGUAUGAAGAAAACACUUGUUUUCUACAGAGGAAGAGCUCCAAAGGGGCAGAAAACAAACUGGGUGAUGCAUGAGUAUAGGCUUGAUGGGAAACUCUCUCCUCACAAUUUGCCCAAAACCGCCAAGAAUGAAUGGGUGAUAUGUAGAGUUUUUCACAAAACUGCUGGAGGCAAGAAGAUACCUAUUUCGACGUUAAUGCAAAUAGGUUCUUAUGGAGGUUCCGGUUUACCACCUCUAACAGAUUCUUCACCAUGCAAUAACACAACCAAGAACGAACAGACUUACGUGCCCUGCUUCUCCAACCAAACUGAAACAAGAGGAACAUUACUUAAUUACUUCAGCAACAACCCUGCCCUUAGCUCUAUUCCACUCUACCAACCUCACUCUCUACAUGUUUCUGAUCCGGUUCUUACUCAAGAACAGUCGGUUUCUCAAGCCAUGUUUGAGAACAACAGAAGGCAGAGCUUCAAAACGUUGAGUAUCUCGCAGGAAACUGGAGUUUCUAAUACCGAUAUUGAAUUUGGGAGGAGAGGAAUGGAUCAUCAAGAAGUUCCAUCUUCCUCCACUGGUCCGGUUGAUCUUGAACCAUUCUGGAGUUACUGAAGACUCAGAAGUUCAUUAUCUUAGGUCACAUGUAAGAAGAACUUCGCAAAGUGUUUUUUAUUUUUUCCUUUUAGCGUGGUGUGC